AUGCCUGGAAAAUUCCCCGAAACCUUUGAAUACAUUAAAAUGCAAAGUUCAGAAGUCACGAAGCCAACGGGCGCGGGGGCCGGCUGGGAGCACCGCCUCCUUCGCGACGACUACAAGUCCCGGCGUGCCCGGCGGCAGAGCCGCGGCCCGCCUCGGGGCGGGGGGGGGAAACUACAGCUCCCGGCGUGCCCCGCGCGCGCCAGGGCCGUCGCCCCCAGCCAAGAUGGAGGCGCCGGAGGGAGGCAGCGGGUCGGGCCGCCGCUGCCGGCCGCCUUCCUCCGGGGCCCGGCCCACCUCUCCUCUCCUCCCGCUCCGGGGCCCGGCAACCCCGUUCGCUCAACCGGACGAGGGCGAUCCCAGGGUCGUGGCCUCGGCGGUGGCUCGCACGGCCGGGCCGCGGCCGACGGCGCCCGCGGGGGCGAGGCCCCGGGGGGAGCGGAGCGGAGCCCAGCCCGGGGCAUGGCCACCCUCCAGCCGCUGGGAAAGCCGCCACGUACGAGGCGGCGGCGGCUGCGGCGCUGCCGGAGGCCGGCGGGGAGGCAGCGGUGCGGGUCGAGCCGCCCGCCGGCACUGCGCGGCUCGGCGCUCCGUCUGCCCCUCCUGGCGCUUGGCCUUCCUUUCGGUUUAGGCGAAGCACAGACGCGUACGUCAAAUACCCGUUUUCUACUUCCACCCCUGCGUUUCUGGGAAAGGAAUAAUGUGACACGAGAGAAAGGCAGAACUCGGUUGCUUCCCCCCGGGAAGCCUGGUCUGCCUUCACGGAGAGAGGAAAGGAGGCCGAAGGCGUACCUGCAUUCAACAUGGGUGCAUUCGGAAAAUCAUGAACGUCUGGAUAAGUGUAAAAUCUGCAGGACUGGGACAAAAAGUAAGCGCAGCCAGAUGACGAAGUUGAACAUAAUUUAA